CGCUAACCAAGCGCCUCCUUUAAUCCCUCAACAUGCGUGAAGCUAUCUGCAUCCACGUCGGCCAGGGUGGUCUUCAGGUUGGUAAUGCCUGUUGGGAGCUCUUCUGCCUCGAGCACGGCAUUCAGCCUGAUGGACAGAUGCCCUCUGAUAAGACUAUCGGUGGUGGUGAUGACGCCUUCAACACCUUUUUCUCGGAGACUGGUGCCGGCAAGCAUGUCCCUCGAUGCGUCUUUGUCGAUCUCGAGCCCACUGUUAUUGAUGAGGUUCGUACCGGUACCUACAGGCAGCUCUUCCAUCCUGAGCAACUCAUUUCCGGCAAGGAGGAUGCGGCCAACAACUUCGCCCGUGGUCACUACACCAUUGGCAAGGAGAUCGUCGAUCUCUGUCUUGACCGUAUCCGCAAGCUUGCUGAUAACUGUACUGGUCUGCAGGGCUUCCUCGUGUUCAACGCUUGUGGUGGUGGUACCGGUUCUGGCUUGGGCUGCCUCAUUCUUGAGCGCCUCAGUGUCGACUACGGCAAGAAGUCGAAGCUCUCCUUCACUAUCUGGCCCUGUCCUCAGGUCUCUACUGCGGUAGUAGAGCCUUACAACACAGUGUUGUGCGUCCACUCUCUUCUCGAGCACACUGAUGUCACUUGCCAGAUGGAUAACGAGGCCCUUUAUGAUAUCUGCCGUCGAAAUCUCGAUAUUGAGAGGCCCACCUACACCAACCUCAACCGUCUGAUUGCUCAGUGCAUCAGCUCCCUCACCGCCUCUCUCCGUUUCGACGGUGCCCUCAACGUGGAUGUUACCGAGUUCCAGACCAACUUGGUGCCCUACCCUCGUAUCCAUUUCAUGCUCACGUCAUAUGCUCCGGUCAUCUCUGCCGAGAAGGCCUAUCAUGAACAGCUCUCUGUCGCCGAGAUUACCAACUCCGUCUUCGAGCCCGCUUCCAUGAUGGUCAAGUGCGACCCUCGUCAUGGCAAGUAUAUGGCCUGCUGUAUGAUGUACCGUGGUGACGUUGUACCUAAGGACGUUAACGCCGCAGUUGCUACCAUUAAGACUAAGAGGACUAUCCA